AUGCAGCAGAAGACGGAGAUGGCCUCGGUGGAGCAGCCGCCGCUGUCCGACCUGCACCGGCCCCUGUCCGCCACCCAGCAGGAGGGCGGCGGGAGCAGCGGCGCGCGGCGUGCACGCGGGGGCGAGGCGGUCGGGCCGGCCACCCAGGUCGGGCUCGCGGUCCUGGUGGUGGUCUUCGGCUGCGGGAACAACAUCUCCAGGCAGGUCGCGACAAAGCCCCUCAACCGCUACACUUACGUGCUGACCCUGGCGACCGCCGUCGCCUACGUGCCGCUGUACGGAGCCAUCUUGGCGGGGCUGGCGCGGUCGGGCUCCGUCCCGCGCCACCAGCUCGACUUCGUCUGGCGGCCAGACGCCCGCGGUUUCCGGUACAUACUCCUCUUCGCGCUGGCGGCCUUAGGAGACACCCUGGGCGAUGUGAUCAGCAUGAUCUGCUCUCCUUACGUGUCUGGUCCGAUAAACUCGCUGACGUCGAAUUGCGUCCCGGUGUUCAUCGCUAUUCUGGCUUUCUGCGUGCUGCAGCAGACGUAUUCUUUGCUGCAGGUUCUGAGCCUGAUGGGCGUCAUUACAGGGGUCGUGCUUGGCGUGCUACCCAGCUUCAAAGAUACUGCCGAUGACCAUUCUAAUGUGUCGCGACCAUUCUUCGUGACAGUUCUCUGCGGAUCUUGCAUUUUCAAUGCUAUCUCGUUCAUUGUGAAGGAGCUAUUGUUCAAGCGCUAUUCAGGCUGGCUCGAGCGGCAGGGCAUCGACAGCACUGGCCAGAGCCUGAACGUCUUCGUAGUCUGUUUCCACGCGUCCCUCUUCCAGCUGCCCUUCACUCUGUUGACUGUCCCUAUGAACGUGCUUCUUGGACAGACUCAUCAUGGAGAAGGUGUCCUGGAAUACCUAGGCGAGGCGUUCGCGUGCGUCUUCAAUUCCAGCCCCGAGUCCUGCGGCCCAGACGCUGUGCACGCGGAGAGCGUCGACGUGUGCAUGAUCGUCUACGUUGUCUUCAACGUCCUGUGGAACGUCUCCAUCCUGGUCUCGGUGAAGUGCUCUGGAGCCCUCGCCACGUUCGUGUCGCUGAAGGCGAUCUUCCCCAUCUCCACGAUCCUCUUCGCCUGCGUGGACUGGCCCCUGCUGCGGCGCACGGAGCUCGACGGGCUCGUCUGGCUGUCGCUGUGCCUGAUCCUGCCGUGCAUCGGGCUCUACCACCGCGCCUCCCGCUGGCAGGGCCAGCGCGCCGCGGCGCAGCCCCCCUCCGCCGCGUGCUGCUGGCCCCUGCGGGCGGCUUAG